UACCAAUCAAAACCCCCCACCCUCCCUCUCUCUCUCUCUCUCUCUCUCAAAUAAUAUUGUUUGGAGGAGAAAAAUGAAAUAGUGUUUUGCUUUUUGCAGUUUUUCUUUUGGUGGAUGGGCACUGGACAGGCAGUUGAACUUUAAUUCGUUGGUAUUAAGCAAAUUAAUCCUCCAAUCAAUGGGUGAUUUAUCUGGGCCAAGGCUGUAUGGCUGCUACAAGUGCCAGAAUCAUGUUUGCUGUCAUGAUGAUAUUGUAUCUAAAGCAUUUCAGGCAAGCCGUGGCAGGGGCUUUCUAUUCUCCCAUGCAGUGAACGUGGUUGUAGGGCCUAAGGAGAAUCGGCAUCUGAUCACAGGCCUCCACACGGUUGCUGAUGUACACUGCUGUGAUUGUGGGGAGGUGUUAGGCUGGAAAUAUGUCAAAGCUUAUGAGGAAUUGCAGAAGUACAAAGAAGGAAAAUUUGUUCUUGAAAAAUUUAAGAUUGUUAAGAUCAAUUGGUAGCAUAGAUACUCAGUUUGGGUUGUGGAAUUCGUUUUGAUUGAUUGGUCAUAAGUUCUAUUCAUCGUGUACAAAGAAACUCUUGAUUGUCUAUUUGGAUGCUGGUGUCCUUUUGUCAGACGGUUCGGCAUAUAAUGUUUCAGUCUUUCAAAUUCUGAGUCAAAGUCAUAACUCCGUUUUAAUGAUUGUAUCAAUGUGAAAAGAUUUCAUUCAUAGUCU